GUAUAGGUAUAUAUGCUUGACGCCAUGCGGCCGCAUCUGUCUGUGAUGCCGUAUCGGUCUGUGCCCCCGUGCGUGACAGCACACGGCCGUAUGUGUCUGUGCCGUAUGUGUCUGUGCCCCCGUGCGUGACAGCACACGGCCGUAUGUGUCUGUGCCGUAUGUGUCUGUGCCCCCGUGCGUGACAGCAUGUGGCUGUAUGUGUCUGUGCCCCCGUGCGUGAGACUGUGCAGCCGUAUUGGUCUGUGCCCCCGUGCUUGAUGCCGUGUGCCUGUAUCUGUCUGUUCCCUCUUGUGACGCUCUGUGGCUUCCUCUCUGCCUGCAGCAAGCGGACCUUGUCUCCCUGGGGAAGGUGGUGCUGGCACUGGCCUGUAACUCCCUGGCUGGUCUGCAGAGAGAGAACCUGCAGAAAGCCAUGGAGCUGGUGUCCAUCAACUACUCUUCUGACCUUAAGAACCUCAUUCUGUACCUGCUGACUGAUCAGUCUCGGCUGCGCAGUGUUAACGACAUUAUGCCCAUGAUCGGAGCUCGAUUCUACACCCAGCUGGAUGCUUCCCAGAUGAGAAAUGAUGUCAUCGAGGAGGACCUGGCCAAGGAGGUGCAGAAUGGCCGCUUGUUCCGUCUCCUGGCCAAACUUGGAACUAUCAAUGAGAGGCCUGAGUUUCAGAAGGACCCCACCUGGUCCGAGACCGGAGAUCGCUACCUUUUGAAGCUCUUCAGGGACCACCUCUUCCACCAGGUCACUGAGGCCGGCACCCCCUGGAUAGAUCUCAGCCACAUUGUUUCUUGCCUCAACAAGCUGGAUGCUGGCGUCCCAGAAAAGAUCAGCCUGGUCUCCCGGGACGAGAAGAGUAUCCUGGUGGUGACUUACUCAGACCUGAAGCGCUGUUUCGACAGCACCUUUCAGGAGCUGACCAGCAUUGCAAGUGGGCAACUGUAGCAUUGGCCCCACCCUCCUGAUGGAGGCCCCGGCUCCUGGCAGCCGAUAGCUCGGACUGCCCGUGACUAAAACCGAGCAAAUUGCACUACAGCCGGGUGUGAUUCCUUUUCCCUGGGUGGCUGAGCAUGGACAUGCAGGCACGUGGGCAGGCAGGCUCCCUGCCUCGCUUCUGUCUGCCACGCUGCUCUGCCUGGCAGGAGUCCAUUCGACUUCAGAAGCUCUUUUCUCUCAGAUUGAAACCCUGUGGCUGUGAUUAUGGACACAAGGGGUAAUGUUUUUUUUGUCCUUUUUUUAAAGAUGGGGGAUCAAAACCUGAUGGUGUCUUUGCUGUUUUUUAUUUGGUUUUUAUUUCCCUGAUGCAGAUGCACUAAAUUUUUAAGUUUGUUUUAAUUGUCGUGGCCUUGCGAGGGCACUGUCCUCAAAGGAUUGGAAAUAAAACCUGCGUUUCUUACA